AAUGUGGAGACUUCUCACAUCACUUCGCUUUUUCAAGGCUUGCCGCGGUCCGUUUCUGUCGCUGUAUCGGUAGGCUGUCUGCGUUAAAUUUGGAGUGGAAUAACUCAUCUUCAGGAUUCACUAUCAACAGUAGAGUGUCUGCUUGCCAACGUUAGAAACUGCUGAGACGAUCCACUGGGUUGAUGUGACAGAGACGACCACCUGUUCUCACUAGAAUGAUGAAGACGAGGAUCCUGGGGCCAGUGAGGUCCUGUGUUCCACUGGGUGUGUUCCUCCAACUGCUGCUGCUGUUAUCAGACACCACCUGGAGCCUGAGUGGACCGCGCCUGCAGCUCUCACACACAGAGUUGCAUUGGAGGAACAGUUCCAGUGUGUUCUGGGACCGGGGUGUGAGUGGGGGUUACCAGGCCCUUCUGCUGGAUGAGGACCGUGGCUGGCUGCUGGUGGGAGGAAGAGACCACGUCUACCUGCUGCACUCUGACAACCUGGCUCUACCUACUCGAACGAUCUACUGGCCAGCUGCAAAGGAACACGUUGAGCACUGCAGGCUGGCAGGGAAGAACCUGUCGACUGACUGUGCCAACUACGUGCGUCUCCUACAGCCCUUCAAUAAGACUCAUGUGUACGUCUGUGGCACUGGGGCCUACCACCCACAAUGCACCUACAUAGACCUGGGACACAGCACUGAGGAGCCGUCGUUCUGCCUGCUGAGCCAUGCUGUGGAGUCUGGACGGGGGAAAUGCCCCUUUAGUCCACGGGAACCCUUCACCGCCAGGCUCACCGAUGGGGAUUUGUAUGCGGGGACGUCGGUGGAUUUCAUGGGCACCAACGCAGCUAUAUUCCGUACCUCUGUCCACAGCAGCAAACAACACUAUAUACGCACCGAGGCCUACCAGGAUCACUGGCUCAAUGAGCCAGAGUUUGUGGGUUCCUUCUCUAUCCCAGACACCCACAGUGUGGACGAUGACAAGGUCUACUUCUUCUUCAAGGAGACGGCUGUAGAGUCCAGCCAGUGGGACAAGAGGGUCCACAACAGAGUGGCACGCGUCUGCAAGAAUGAUGUUGGAGGGAAGAGGAGUCUGAUUAACCGUUGGAGUACGUUCCUCAAGGCCCGUCUGGUGUGUUCUGUACCAGGACCUGGUGGACUGGACACACAAUUCGACGAGCUAGAGGAUAUCUUCAUGCUGGAGACCAAAGACCCCCAGAACCCCAUCAUCUAUGGAGUGUUCUCCACCUCCAGUUCUGUAUUCAUAGGGUCAGCAGUGUGUGUCUACUCCAUGGCAUCUAUCAGGGCAGCCUUCAACGGUCCGUUCGCCCAUAAGGAAGGGCCUGACUACCGCUGGGUGGAGUACAAGGGGCGGAUCCCAUAUCCACGACCUGGCACUUGUCCCAGUGUGACCUACGACCCCCUCCACAAGUCUACUCGUGACUUCCCAGAUGACGUAGUGAGUUUCAUGAGGGGUCAUCACCUGAUGUGGGAACCCAUCCUGCCCGUCACGCACCGCCCGGUCUUUACCCUUGUCAACGUGUCCUACACCCUACGAAGGGUGGUAGUGGAUCGGGUGGACGCUGAGGAUGGACAGUAUGAUGUACUACACCUGGGCACAGAUGACGGCCAGGUGCUCAAGGUGGUGUCUAUUCCCAAAGAGGACAGGGAGCCCGAGGAGAUCAUUCUGGAGCAGCUGACUGUGUUUCAGAAUCAUGCCCCUAUCCUUAGCAUGGAGCUGUCUACCAAACGGCAACAGGUGUAUGUGAGCAGUGAUGAGGGAGUGGCCCAGUUACCCCUGCAGCGGUGUGAGCUGUACGGGAGAGACUGUGCCGACUGCUGUCUGGCCAGAGACCCUUACUGUGCCUGGGAUGGGAACACAUGCAACCGAUACUUCCCCAGCAACAAGAGGCGAGCUCGGCGCCAGGAUGUGAAACACGGGGAUCCGAUGAGCCAGUGUCACAAUGCAGAAGAUGGUUCUGAGUCGGUGGAGCUGAAGGUGGUCUACGGGGUGGAGAGCAGCUCAACCUUCCUAGAGUGUAUGCCCAGAUCCCCACAGGCUACGGUCAAGUGGAGUGCUCAGCCAGCGCAGGCUCGCACUAGCAGAGAGCUUCUCCAGAGUGAGGACCGUAUGGUCCAUAUGAAGCGGGGUCUCCUGGUGCAGCGGCUGGAGCCCGGGGACGCUGGCCUCUACAGCUGUACCACCCUGGAGCACUCCUUCUCCCAGGUCCUGGCCCGCUACAACCUCCAGGUCAUACCCCAGCAGAGCAUGACAGCAUCCCAGGCCAGGGCAGCUGAUCCUGGGGCCGGAAGAGCAGGGCUGAGGGGAGGUCCUGUGAGCCACACCCAGAGCCACAACCAGCUCUUCGGGAACUAUAAGGACCUGCACAUGAUGGACGCGGCAAGCUUGAGCGCAGACGAGUACUGUGAGCAGCUGUGGUACCGGGAGAAGAAGAAGCUACGCCAGUUGAAGUGGAAACAGACAAUGGUGGACAACCGCAAGGCCAGGGUGCGACGGCACGACUCCACCGGGGACAUCGCACUACAAUAACCUGAUUGGGAUGGACAGAGACGUGGGCUGCGUCCCAGUUCUCCACGUUUCUAACGGAAAAUGUGCACUUGCACACUUUCACGCAUGGAUUUAACAAUGGUGUAAAAACACCCUCCAGCCAAUGCUUACACCGAUCCUAUGCCUUGACAUCCAUGACGGGUAGUGUGCAAGUGCACACUUCUGGAAAAGGGUGGAGAAUCUGAAAAUAGCCUUGGAGAUAAAGGGAAUGUAUAUACAAAUAGUAGAGCCUUUAUGUGAACAGACACUGAGGGUACCAAACAUUAAGGACCCCUUCCUAAUAUUAAGUUGCAUCCCCCUUUUCCCUCAGAACAGCCUCAAUUCGUCGGGGCAUGGACUCUACAAG